UGGAGGAGGAGGAGGAGGCGGAGUUAGGUUAGACAGUGAGAACCCCUGGAGGAGGAGGGAGACAGAGGGGCUGUCAGAGACGUCGAGGGAUCCCCAGAUGAGGAGCCAGCGGCGGGCAGGGAUGGUGGUGAGCCCUGGCACCGGUGGAGGAGGAGGGGCCUCCCGUUUAGAGCGUCAUGCCACCCAGAACCAGUGCCCUUCAGGUGGCUCCAGCCUAGACAGCGCCCAUCAGACCAAAGCCAUCACAUUAGACAGCUCAGCCUGCAGUAGGAGAGACAGAGACGUAGACAGCCCAGAUGUAAUUCAACAGAUCCAGAGUGAGGAACUGCAGUCUUUCGGGGUUGCAGGUGGAGAAGUGGGUGUUUCCAGCUCCGGAGGAGGUGUGUCAGUCCCCUCAGACAGCCCCGGGGCCCAGAAGAAAGGGGGCGUGGCCAGCAGCAUGAUGGACAGGAUCAAAUCCCCAGGAAUGGUCCGGAAAUCCCUUUCCAUGAAGAUGAAGAAACUCCCCGAACUCCGCCGUAAACUCAGCCUGCGCUCCUCGCGCUCCCAUCGCCAUGGGAAGGAGGGGACGGGCCGAGGAGGAGGGGACGGGGGUGGAGAGGGGACAUCACCCCCAGACGUCCGUAAGGAGCAGUCCAACGAGGUGAUCAGCAGGUACCACCUGGACACUUCGGCCCCGGCGAGACCACAACGACGCUCCUCCAGGGGACGUUCCUCUGCCGCCAGUAAGGGGGGCUACCUGAGCGACGGAGACUCACCUGAGCUGCUGCCCAAACAGGGUGGACCAGGGGGACCCUGCUCGGCCCACAACCCCCCUCUUCCACCACCCCGCUCCACCCACCACUCCAGCCAGGAGGGAGUGACCAUGACCUCUGACCUGAGCUCGUUCAGAGUCUACAACUUGUCAGACCAGCCACGGUGCGCCCAGCGCGUUUCCGGCCUGCUUACGGUGCAUCUCGUUGGGGUGGAGAAACUGCUGAGGGCCCCUAAACAGGACACCAGUAAGGAGGUGUUCUGUGCCAUCCAGGUGGAUGGUGUAACCAGGGCCCGUACCGGCCUGCUAACCUCCAGGGGGGGCUCUCUGCCCCUCAACCACACCUUUAACCUGGAGCUGGAGAGGGCCAGGCUGCUGAAACUGGUGGUGCUCACCCCUUACCCCGGGGCUGAGACCUCCACCACGAAGGGCAGCGACUCCACAGCAGCGACCAGGAACAGGGUCUGCUGUCUGGGGGCUGUGUCCAUACCCCCUCUGUUCAAAGCCUCUCGGUCUCAGCAGAUAUGCGUUAGAUUAGAGCCCAGGGGUCUACUGUACGUGAAGCUGACCCUGCUGGAGCAGUGGGAGCCCCCAGACCCCCGACCCUGCCACCUCAACCCCCCCAUGGUGUUUGGAGUGGAGCUGCGCCACCUGGUGGACAAGGAGAACACCGCUGCCCCAGUUCCUCUGCUCAUACAGAAGAGUGUGGCUGAGAUCCAGAAGAGAGGACUGAGGGUGGUGGGUCUGUACCGUCUGUGUGGUUCAGCUGCAGUGAAGAAGGAACUGAGAGAUGCGUUUGAGAGGGACAGUGCUGCUGUCAGCCUGAAUGAAGAGGUUUAUCCUGACAUCAACGUCAUCACAGGCAUUCUGAAGGACUACCUACGUGAGCUGCCGUCCUCCCUUAUCACCAGGACCUUGUACGAGGUGGUUUUGGAGGCCAUGUCUCUGAGACCUCCUCCUUCUCGCUCCUCCCCUGGAACCUCCUCUCCUGGCAGGAGCGAGGGAGACGUACAGCGCUCUCAGAGCACCGUGGCCCUACUGCAAUGUCUGCCUGAACCAGAGAGGGCCACCCUCUCGCUGCUCCUGGACCAUCUGAGCCUUGUUGCCUCCUACAGUGACUGUAACCGAAUGAACUGUCAGAACCUGGCUGUGUGUUUUGGCCCGGUGCUCCUGACCCCCACCCAGGAGUCCUGGAGACCCACUGCACCAGGACAGGGCGGGCAGGGCGGGCGCGGGGGGAGCUGUGGAAGGGGUGGACGGAGUUUUGCUCACAGCGAGGAGAUUGCCAGUGCUGUGGACUUCAAGAGACACAUCGAGGCCUUGCAUUACCUGUUGCAGCUCUGGCCCAUUCCUACAGACAGAGUGACAGACAACCCCGACUCUCCCACCCUCCUCCAGCCCUCCUCCAGUUCAGACAUGCCUCCUUCCCCUCCCAGCCCCAUGCCCCAUAACCCCCUGCCUCGGCGCUGCCAGCGUGGCCUGUCGCUGCCUCUACCGGGGGACGAAGUGGGCGUGGUGUCGCGACGUGGACGGGGCCGACUGGAGAGCCCGCCCUGUAACCGGUAUGCUGGCGACUGGAGCGUGUGUGGGCGGGACUUCCUGUCCGGAGGCGAUGCGGACUACGAUGAGGUGGCAGGGAGCGACAGUGAGGAAGAGGAGGAAGAGAGGGAGGUGAAGAAGGUGGAGUGGACUCAGUACGUAGACGACUUAGUUCUGGACUUUGACGCCCCGUUUACCUGCAGACUGAGUCUCAAAGACUUUGAUACGCUGAUAUCAGACCUGGAGAGAGAGCUGUCCAAACAGAUAAACAUCUGUCUCUGAGAGGGAGAGGGAGGAGAGGAGGGAGGAGUGGAGAGGAGAGAGGAGGAGAGGAGGGAGGAGAGGAGAGCUGUCCAAACAGAUAAACAUCUGUCUCUGAGAGGGAGAGGGAGGAGAGGAGGUAGGAGGGAGGAGGGAGGAGUGAGGAGAGGAGAGGAGGAGAGGAGAGAGCUGUCCAAACAGAUAAACA